AUGGAGGCCACUCAUACCACAAUUACUCAAGAAUCUGAAGUCUGUCCUCCACCACCAAAAUCCAUGUUUUCUCGCAUUCCAGGGCUAGAUCCGACUGAUGACAUCGGCAAAUUAACACAUUUCAUUGAUUUUGCCCAAAAAGUCAGCAAAUAUGAAGAAGAAGACAGCGAUUUUGCAUUGGUUGAGAAUAAGCUUCAAUCAAAAAGCAAGGUAUUGAGCAGAAGAGGAAUUUUCCAGAAUAAAGCUGUAGCCCAGAAAGCAAGGCAACCAACUGCUCCACAGCAGAAAAGUGCUCAGCCUCAGCAAAGAGUCCCUGUAAAAAGGAUCUUCAGAGAAUUCUCUGUGCCAAUUAAAGGAGAAUGGCCAGUUGUAGCUGAACUCGGCAAACAAAACGUUGACAAACUGUCAUAUGAUCCUCCAGCGCCAAUUGACAUAAGCCAAUACUCCUCUGUGUUCCAAUAUAAUAAAAAUCUGGACAAUUCAUAUAGAAAAAAUCCAAUCAAGCUGAACACAGACGAAGACUCAUUUAUUGUUCCUGGCUCAGAGGCUCCAGCAAAUUUCACAAAUGUUUCGACAACUUCUGCAGACCCUGUUAUGAGAGAACUCAUAGAAAAUAACGCUGGACAGGUCUUUAUUACUGAUGUAAUUCUUGCAGCUAUUAUGACGAUGACAAGAUCAGUAUACCCAUGGGACGUUUUGAUCACCAAAAAAAGUGACGGAAAAGUGAUUUUUGACAAAAGUAACGACUCCGCCUUAGAAAAAAUCACCGCUAAUGAGAAUGCAGCUGAAAACAUGCCUGACGAAGACGAGCCUGAAGACAGCCCUAAGCAUCCUAAAAAGCUGAUGGACGAAGCUUUAAGAGUAAACAGAGCUUUCUUUUUGGCAAGUGUAAGGCCUCCACCGUCAAGUCUUGGCUCUGAUCACCCAACUGAUGCAGAAACCCCAGGCCAUGCUCCAAUUGCUUAUAAAUACAGAAAAUGGAAACUUUAUGACGACACUGAAGUUGUGGUUAGAACUGAAAUCGACGCUUAUAUUAGAGAAGAAAGCAAAAUUUCUUACGCAAAAGUGUUUGCUGUCAAUGAAUACGACUCAAAAAUAACUGGAGGAUAUAGAUCACAGCUAGAAAGCCAUAGAGGACAAGUCCUGGGAACUGAGUAUAAAAACAACUCAUGCAAAUUAUCAAAAUGGGCCAUAAGAGGCUUGCUUUCUGGGGCUGAAUAUGUGAAGCUUGGAUUUAUAAGCAGAGAAAACUUUUCCAGGACGAGAAAUCAUGAGCUGUUCUAUGUUCACUCGUUUAGGACUCCUGAGCUUGCUGGGCAUCUUAAUUUGAACUAUCAGAACUGCUGGGGAGUUUUCAGAUCAAUAGUGGAUACUUUAAAGCAGUCUCCUGAAGGAAAAUAUCUGUUGAUCAGAGAUCCAAAUAAAUUAGUUGUUAGAAUAUAUUCGAUGACAGAACAAGAAAAGGAGGAAGAAAAAUUCAAUUAA